UGACGGAGAUCCCCUACGACUUCCGAUGUUGCUAUUGUUUGGGUUGACGGUUUCCUCAAACAUACUCACUAUCUUCGUACCUCGCAUCUCUACUACGCCUGUAUCGACUGACGGCUGGGUCUUCACCCUGUUAGCUUGUCCUCGUUCCCUUCCAGCCGCGAUCCAUCAGUGCUACGGCUGGUGAGGACUGCACGAGACGACAGCGACUGGGAUUUCAUCCCUCUUACUAAACUGCACACUGCAAUUCUCCCGUUUGGAAGAAGACUACGAAGACUACCUCCGCCAUGUCUGCAGACGUACAGGGAAUCGCCGAUCGAAUCGUCUCGCCCGACGCCCCUCGCGACCCCAGCUUCAACUUCUCCUUCAGCCCCUUCCUCACAAAAACCUUCGGCUUUGGGCUCGCCUCGGACGUGCCUGUGUGCAAAGCGUAUCGAGAAGGCCACUGCCCCCUAGGCCCAACAUGCCCAGACAGGCACCCCACCCCGUCCCGAAUCUCCACGGCCACCUCCCCGGCAAUGCCCGCGGCCUCGACCCACGGCACCCUCGUCUGCAAGCACUUCCUCAAAGGCCUAUGCAAAAAGGGCAUCAAAUGCGAGUACCUGCACGAGUAUAAUCUACGGCGGAUGCCCGAGUGCCAGAAUUUCUCACGGACGGGAUACUGUCCCAACGGCGAUGAAUGUCUCUACCAACACGUCCCCGAAGAGGCAAAGAUACCGCUUUGCGAGCACUACGAGAGGGGGCUGUGCGCGUUGGGUCCGCUGUGCGCGAAGAAGCAUGUGCGGAAAAAGAUCUGUCGUUUUUAUUUGGCUGGGUUUUGCCCUGAGGGGCGGGCGUGUCUUGAGGGUGCACAUCCCGGGUGGCCAGAGAAUUUGCCAAAGCCCAUGGUUAAGGUGGCGAAGACGGAAGCGGAUUUGGAGCGGGAAAGGGCGAGGAUACGGGAGGAGCAGGAGAAGGAGGAAGAGAGGGAGAGGGAAUGGAGGAGGGAGAAUCGUGGCCGGGAUGGCCGGUUUGGGAGAGGACGGUAUCGAGGGAAGAGAUGAUUUGGGUCUCUCGUGGGUCUUGUUCUCUUUUCUUCUUGGAAUAAAUUUGCGUGUCUUCUUUUCUUUGUAUGUGCGGGCUGGGCUUAUCGGGUUUCUGUGCUUUAUUAGCAUUGAUCGGAGUUUAUUAUGCCGUGGCUCUUUAAACGUCGGGCUUUCCAACUGUUGGUCUGUUUUUCCUGGAUUUGAUUACUACGAUCAGAUAGCUGUUUACUGGAUUGAAGCUUCUAGAAAACUGGGUGAAAAUAUUUUGCAACGUGCUCUAAAGAAG